GUUGUUGCAUCAACAAAAGAUUUCGGGUGGGCAGCCAUAAUGAAUUUCCAUAAGAAACCAGAUCCGGUGAAUCCGUUAAAUGGCCAAUUGCAUUACAUUCUGGACGUAGCAAUGCUGAUCUCAACGGAAAGUGCUCGUGAUAUCAGUAAUGUUGCGCAGCUGCAGCCACCUCCUGCAAAUGACGCAGGUGUUGUUGAGAUAGUUCCAAUGACUUUGGAUUGUGUGACUGAAAUAAGUGCGGUACGCAUCCGGUUACCGCAAGAUGUACGUAAUCGUGACGCAAAGCAAAGUAUUGGCCGAACUAUCAAGGAAGUUAUGCGAAGGUUCGAUCCAAAUCUACCUCGAUUGGAUCCACUGAACGAUAUGAAAAUGAAAGAUGCAGUUUUGGAAGCGAAUAUCACCAGAUUGGAAGCAUUAGAGAAACGAAAGAAAACACAUCCAAUUCGGUUGGUUAGCUGUUGA